AUGAUAUUUUUCUGUGGGGGUGGGUUCUUCAAACCUUUAAUCUACUCGUUUUAGUUAUCCAAGCAUUCGGUAAAGCAGUGGAAGUGAGGCAACAAGUCAUCGCCACUGCCAUAGUGUACUUUCGGCGUUUCUAUAGCAGGUCUGGAGCAUUCGCUACCUAACUCUUACAGGACCUCCAUUAAGUCGAUCGAUCCUUGGCUUAUGGCACCAGCAUGUCUGUUCUUGGCCUCCAAAGUUGAGGUAUUUCUUUUAGAAGCAUAAGUGAAGUCCUAGGAAUUUGGAGUCCUAUCGCAAAAACUGUUAAUGACAGCCUGCUCAAAAGUUGGUAGGCCUCCUCAUUUGCACUUGAACUAUUACCUUAGUCAGUAGCCAGUAUUCGAAAUACUUCAAGGACUAUGGUUAUCCCUAUCGGGCUCAAGAUGUUUUCGAAUGUGAAUUUAUCCUCAUGGAAGCGAUGGUAAGCUUAUGUCUCAAUUUCACCACCCUUACCCUAAUUGACGCGGUCAGUCCUAUCACUUCUAAGGCUUUCUGGCUUAUGUUGGUUGAACGUCCUAUGAGCAAACCUUGGGGUCCAAUGCAAAUUUAUCCUGGGACUCCCACCGGGUUUUCCUGUCAGGUCCUCAAGACGGUCGCCUUUCACUCCUUUCUAACAGGGUUGCGAUUAAAUUAACAAAAUGCCGACUAAUUUUGGCGUCAUUCCAACUUCAGUGAACAUUUUUCCACUUAAGAUUGACAAUAUCUCCAUGGACUUAGAGGGAUCGCGUAUCCAUCCCGAUUUUUCGUGUUGUAGGGGUGUUGCCGACGAUAGUCAGGGACAAUAUUGUGCGGGGUUCUGACUUAUUUGGCGUUAUCAACUAAUAAUCCCCCAAUUUCAGACGAGGGAGGCCUGGAAUUUGAAUUCCGGUCCAGUUGGUCACCGGUCUUUAUGAUGUACUGGCUGAGAAUCGAGCUCGCGCCCUGGCGUACGUGGUCGGGAAUACUCGUAGCCAUAUGAGGACGGAGUUCACUGGUCUGUCCCAACGUCAGGAUGGAAUACGGACGUUCCGUUUUUUAUCUCGGACAAAGAGCCUCCACACUAUCGUUUAGCGAAAAACAAUUAAUAAUCGAACAUCGCCAUCGACAGGAGGCUGAAGUAAUCGCUUCUUGGUUAAUUUUCGUUUUAAACCAGCCUAGGCCGCAGACGCCUGAACUAUGUAUGAGAUUUUUCUACAGUUCAUAGGACUGCGCGCAAUCAUAAAUAUGUAUAACCGUAACCAACAGUGCCCCUAUAACUUUUUUUCCACUGAAUGGUAGAGUACGAAGGUCACUUGUAGAACUUAAGCGUCCAUCCUUUCGGAGGUCGUGAGAACCCCAGUUGCGUUCCAAAUCCCCCGGGGCCUGUUUUUCUGAUAAUCGGAAGCAUCAUAAAGAGGAUCUUUGCACAAUAAGCCUUGCUUGGUAGAGCGGGUGCAGUACGGUUCCAAUCUUGGUUUUUUUCAAAGACUUCGGUACCUUCUGGAGGCCGAUGGCGAAAUAUGUUCGUUACAUGAAGAAAACACAAUUAAUCCAUAUGUAGCGGUUCAUAGGGAGGUAGUUGGGAUGUUUUCAGCUUCAGUCAUUUUAGCUGUCACAUUUCUUCUGAUCGUUGUCAACGCCAUUCGAAGAAUUUUCGGAUUUAGCCGGGACGUCGUUUUGUUUGUCUGAAAAACCCUCUAAACUGAUCACCCUUGUCUUUCAAAAAAGGUCUCGGUGGGAGCUGUGAAUUAGGAUAUGGUUGAAAUGGUCGAGUCCUACUGUUGCCGGUCAAAAGCAAUGUAGACAACUGAAGAAGUGGUUUAGCCAUUCUCCAAGACACUUGAGUAAAUGUCUUUUCCGCUCAAUAACUUAUUGUGGUGCAUGGAUUGGGAUUUUAAUACCCGGGUUAAAGCCUUCAAAACUAAAAGUGACGCCAAGUCGCUCUCCUUUUGCUUUGAUUGGGUCCCAAGUCUUGAUCCAGUUAAACUCGUCUAGGAGUACGGCGCUCACAACGCCAUUUAUCUCCAGUAAAUUAGGGUGCGGGACUUCAAUGUCACCCCCUCACUGGAAGAGAAACAACUGACUCAUCCAGUGAUUUGCAUUCCGGGGCAUCUUGUUGCGAUGACGCUAUUUUCGUUUAUUUACCGACUUUGUAUUCCGUGUUUGUGCCAUCGAAUUACAAUUGGUGUAGUAGUCACUGCUUUUGCUCUCAAGAAUAUGUACGACCAUCCACGUGUGUUUUACCAAUUUCGCCCCUUUCAUCAAUUUGCCCUGAAAAUUCCUUUUCUAGUUGAUAAGGUAGAAUUGUUGUUUUGCACGUCGUCUGAGACUGCGAAAACGUUUGAUGUUCCUACGUCGACUCUUUCUCCUCUUCAGGACUGUUCCCUUAUAGUCUUUCAUCCCUAUCGCCCUUUGGUCAAAUUUUGCGAGGAUUUGCGGCCCCAGAUGCUGGGCAUGACGGAUUGCCUUCUUGAGCGGGCUUGGUGAGCGAGACGUUACUGUUAAACUGCACAUUUUAUUUUGCCUAAGAUUUGAGUCAGUUGUUUGUCUCGUGUGAAAACCUGAAACAAGGGGCUGCUGGCUAAACUUCUCUCCGAGGACUAAAUGACACCGCGACACUAACUGGCAUAGGUUUUAGGGCAGAAUAAAGCCGUUUCGUCAGUAUUUGACCAGCACUGCUUGAGGACCAUCCUUCGAGUGAAGUUCACCGACUUCGUCUCAAAUGAGACAGUCCGCACUCGCUGCGACAACAUCGCAAGGAUAACUCAGGCCAUCCAAGAAAGACGACUGAAGUGGUUCGGGCAUGUUCUUCGUCGUCCACCUCAGGAGCUCAGUGUUACUGCCCUCGAUCCGGCACCGUUGCCCCAUUGGAGGCGUCGAAGAGGGGGUCAGUUCAAAACCUGGCCCGACACAGUUCGUCAAGACAUGGAGGUGGUUCUUGGACCUUCGGUAUUCGGUCUACGUCGUUGACGAAGGGAAUGGGUUGAGCUGUCCAGAUCUGCUGCCGCGGAUCGUCACGCGUGGAGACGUACAGUUCGGGACAUCAUCGAGGCCGGGACACUAACUGGCAUGGGUUUGAAAGAAGACUAAAGCCGUUUCGUCAACUCCCUUUCACAGAGAAGGGAGUGUCAAAGAGGGUUAGGAAGACUCUUCUAACACAAACGUGACAUACUUGAGGGACGGGGGCGGGGAGAGCAGUGUGUACAGCCCAUGUUUCUGAUUAGAACCGUCUAACAUGCCGCCAGUCUGACUCGUGAUUGUUGGGGAGCCACGUAAACUUUCGGCCUUUAUUCUUCAGUAUCUACAAAGCAUUACCUGAGGGCUUGACUAUUGGGGCCAGCAUCUGAUGCCAUGCGCUUAUUUGGUUUGUAUUACAGGUGCGCGAGAAGCGUUUGCUGACGUUAACGAGUCGAGUAAACACAGUGGCUCUGCACCGUGCUUAACCCCGUCUUUGACAGGUCAUGACAUCUGUGACCUGAGUGGUUCGUCUACCGCAUCUGCGCCUACACCACCAUUAAUUUUUAUACUCAUGAACGGUCACAACUCCGUCGGGUUCUUUGAAGUUAGUGUUAACGAUUGUUAAACCUUUCAAGCAUCUUUUAAAACACCCGUACACAACUGAAUCCCACCGCUCACUGACUGCCACGGACUCGCCUGUUGUAGUCAGGAGGAUCUGUCUCCUAAGUCCAGAUACAAAAAUUGGGUUGAAAACAGUCAGGACCACCGGCCUUCAUACUUGUUAUUUCGUGUAAUAUAGGCGAACUCCAGACGACUUUGGGUAGUGCAAUGCUGCCAUUACCACGCCAACGGGGUUCACUCGCAUCUCCGUUAAUCGGGGGCAUUUCAGCGAAUGGCCGGCGCCCAGCGGCUGCUCUACCCGACCUAACCAGACCCCGUAUAUUCUGUUAAGCUUACCAGUCUGGGUUGUUGUAAGUCAUGUUGAGAGUGUCUGCCACAGUCCGUCUUCCAGUUUAAUGGCCAAAGCUUUCUGUCAGCUGACGGCCCUCUAGUCUUUAGUUGGACUGCAGGGAGAAAAACGGUGUUUAGAACCUGUAUCCUCUUACCACACGCAAAAAACUGCCCCCUCCCCUCAAACAGAUAGCUUUUGUGCCAGGUGCCCCACCGCAGAUCUGAUACUUAGACUUGGAUGCAUUUCGGCGCGUCGCCCAUGACAACGGCCAGCAGUAGCUUGUUCAACUGAGGUCACCUCCAGAGAAUGCCCCCUCCUCCCCCUUAACGAAAUCAUACUAUGCCUGACCCUAAUUUCAUCUGCACUGUUGCCGCCUUGACCGGGCUGGGGGUCGGGCGGUGAAGACCGUUUUCUACGAAGAGGUCUGUCGAAGCCGUCAGAAUUCUCCUGUGUGUAUGUGGGAUCGCCUUAUUUUGAAGUGGAUAAGCAAGGGCCAAUGUAUUACCUAAUGUAGACUCAGCAUGGAGAGUCUCUCCUCAACUCCGGGAACCUUUAGGGCUGGAGAACGAUCAUCUGCAAGACCACUGUCCAAACUGUUUUGCCGCACUACCAAGUACUGGCCACAUCGGACAGCCGGCGCUGGUGAGAUCUUUUCGACCACUGGCGUGAAAACAAUGUCCACUGUCCCUGUCCGCGCGAAUAGAUCUCUUAUGCUACCAUGGAAGUGACUUACAAACAGUUCGCUGCUGCCGCCGUCUCUUGACGACUGCUGAGAGAGAGAGGGGGAGGGGGAGGGAGAGAGUGCGCAGCCGAUCAGAAGGAGCAGCAGCUUUUUGUCGACGAGGUCUUUUUCAUCAGGCAGUAGCGACAGUUGGCUGAUAUAUAUUGUGGAGACUGAAAAAGACUCGAAGUAGGCAUGGUAAAACCUCAGGCAAGGUCAGUGUGCCCACUUGUGAUGUCACAGUCUCGAUCGGUCCCUGCUUAUCCUCCUGGCAGCCGCCCCUGCCUCAGUGGACGACGUUCUCCGGAACUCUUUUCGGUGUCGACAAACAGAGAAAGUAGUUUGAUUACUGUCGCGUAACCCCGAGUAACUUGAUACGAGACAAGCAGAGGUAGAGCGGAUUCCCUGAACUGUCGGUCGCAUAGAAACUCUCUCCUAUUUCAACGGGUUUCUUAUGACACAUGAUAGAAGCGAGUCCAAAUGGCCCUGGUGUCAGACCGUGAGAUUGAUAGUUCGAACUGCUAAUUCCAUGGUGUCCCCAUUAGGACAGGAAAGGCCAAGGCUUGCUCAUGAGGGACCAAAUUGUGUCCGACUUCUUUGCGCCAAUCAUUUCCAGCUAAGCCGGCGAAGCACACCAGAUCUGAUGUUAAACCGUUUAGAAGAGUGACACGUGCACAACUCGACUCAGACGCACCGGAUUGCAGACAGCGAUUUCGUUCACCUUGUCACAGAGUCCUAGAUGAUUCUAGAGAGCCUGAUGGAACCCAACAUCCUGAUUAUUAUUCGUCCGUCCACUGCGGGCUUCGGAAUUAACCUGCAAAUAUCCUCUUUGUCCAUUCCUUUUUAGGCACAUUGUAAACGACAGCAUGCGGACGGAUCUCUGUCUCCAUUACCCGCCUUAUCUGAUCGCCCUCGGUAAGUCGACGUAUUUAUUCCGCUCUAGAGGGGUUGCUUUUCCAACCUUAGGUGUCUCAUUCAGAAGAACGAUAACCGGGCUAGCUUUAGACAGAGUGAAUAAAAAAUUCCUGCCGUUACAUUUCAAUAAUCGGACGAUGAAGCCCUGAUUCCUGGCUAAGAAACUUCUGGGCAGUGUGAAUAGCUGUGCAUCACUUCUGUUUGCGGCACUCCUCGUUAAAACUCGUGUGAUUUAUGUCCCUAGGGCAGUGUCUGAUGUAGUCGUGGAUAGUAUCCCUCCACUCGUGACCAUCUGCGGCAGAUGGUCUGAUGAGUUUGACUUGCCCCAUGUCUCCAGCGGUGAAGAAUGAUUACCGUAGAUCCAAGAACCACCUCUAUGCGACAGUUCGACCGUCGUUGCAGAAGAUGUUCACCAUGUGCUCCACAGCAAGGUGAGACCAAGGACGGUGACUUGCGAAGCAUCCACCGCACUCUCUCCUCCCCACCUGAACCCGGUAUCAAGACAGGGUCAAGAAAACCGAAGCUGGGGGGGGGGGUGCAGGUGGAUGGUGCGGUCGAGCCCGCACCUUGGCGUUCCACUCCACAUCCCUUGGUCAACACAGCAAAUAACUAGGUUUUUGACCAACAACAACAACAAAGGGCAGGGGGCAACAGGGGGUCGCAAUGUGCCCGACCUCUGUCGACAACCGGGUCUGCCAUCACACCCCGAAAUGUUGACAUUUGCUAUGGUGUGCAAUCCGAUAUGGCUCCCGUGUUGGUCCAGCGCAUCUACCACGUGCCCCUUUUGGGGGCACCAAACACCGCCUCUAUACACACCUAUGGAAGUGGUCGUUUGAUCUGUGCAUGGUUUCUGCCGCUGGAGGAAAGAAUAAGUCGAGUUCCCCAGCUCCGCUGCCGCAGAUCGUCACGCGCGGAGAGGUGUACUAUUGGAAUGGUAGAGGGCGCUCACCGAUUGUCCUUACGGAACUCACUCGUUCCGUUGUGCCUUACGGGCUCUCUCUCUCUCGAGCCCAACCAGCAGCCGCACAUUGGCGCAUGAUAUAGGCAGAAUGUUAUUACCCAAAAAGACAAGGGAGGCUGGAAUGGCCAUUUCUGGCUUGUUAGCCGUCGUCAGCCAGUCACGCCCACCCCGGAAGCGUGGAACACCCGAGGCUCGAACUCGCGACCUGUUAGUUAGGAGUCCACGCCUCUAACCACUGGGUCACGAGCCCGUUGCCCUGUCGAUUUCGAUCGGUAAUAUGCAAUGGUAGGGGGCGCUCACCGAUCGUUAUUACUCACUCGUUCCGUUGUGCCUUACGGACUCUCUCUCUCUCGAGCCCAACCAGCAGCCGCACAGCGGCGCAUAAUAUAGGCAGUAUGUUAUUACAGGCAAAGGCAUGGAAGACUGGAAUGGCCAUUUCUGGCUUUUUAGCCGUCGUCAGUCAGUCAUGGGCCGCUGUGCGGCUGCUGGUUGGGUCAUUCCAGUCUCCCUUGUCUUUAUCCGUAAUAACAUAAGGUUACCAUUCUCGACGUUAUCGAAGCCGGCUAGAUCAGGCAUAAUCAUGGCGAUACCAAGUACAAGUUCGCAGGUCGUGAAGGUUAGUGGAGGGUGAGGAACAAAACCGUCAAAUUUCUAUCGUCCUCCAUGCUCAAAGCCGAGUAUUCAUACCUGCAGUGGUUACUGAGGUAUGGCGUUAACACCAUGGACAUCCCCGAGGACAUGGAAGAACCCUUUAUGCGGAGAUAAUAGACGGUGGGACAAUGUCGUCCUUACACUAUCCGUCUUACAGCAACUUACGCUCGAGACACCUGAAACUCACAAAGGCACGGACGCUCUCCUUUGUCUCUUUGUCUAGCUAUAUCAUCUGGAACUGCCAAUUUCCUAAAGUCAGCAGCUGUUAAGCACAAGGGGUGUUUUUUUCCUCAUCAGUUUCGCUGCGUUGAUUCUCCUGCCUACUUUAGGCCUGGUUGUUUCUGCCACGCAGCAUUUGCAUGAUUGACGACUGCAGCCAUCGUGGAUUCCUGUCGGGCCUCCGGGCGUUCGCAAUCAAGCUCUCAGUGGACUACCCCUGAGAUCUUCUGAUCGCCAGGUCUUCCUUCGCAAGUUAAGAAAUUCUGGGAGACUGCAGUCAUUGAAGAGAUUCGGGAUGGGACCAGGGAGGGAUUUAAGCCGAACGAGGCACCUAUGCGAUGCAUGGUUUGGCAUUUGAAAUACCACGUCCUACCGAAUAUCUUGUGUUUCUGUCUGACCACGGUUACCGUUUACGACUGACGCCCUCACUACGCCUGUCCUAUUCUCUACUUUAAGGUUGCAUACAACUGGCCUUCAUAAGUCUCGAGAAGAAUCCGCCCUCUGAGGCAGGCGACGGCACUAACGACAGCACGUCUCUUUCCUCGGCCUGUGGCGGGCAUAGCAGCAGUUUUCCAAUCUCCAACAGACAGUCCAAAGUGAGCCCACUUGCUGUGGCCGAGCACUGGUUCGCCGAACUGACGGUCAACAUGGAGAAGGUGGGUCCGACCUACUUCCCCUUAUGUUAUUUUUUUUGAACUGCAGAGAAGGAGACACGAUCGCUAGAACAAGUGCCUUAUUAGCCUGACGUUUCGGAUUCUCACUCGAAUCCAUCAUCAGAGACAGUAGCAGGUAAGGUUGGCGGAUUGCCCAGAUGUUGCAAUAUGUAUAGGAUGUAGUUGCCAGGCCGCUACGUGCUCAUCACAGUUGGCAGCUCCCGAGGGCAUCACGGCUCGACUGGCCAGGUGUUGAAGUAUGCAGUUGCUAUGCCCUUGUGUGCCAGUCAAGAUUAUCGGCCCCCACUUAGUCGAGUUGUUGCUGUUGGAUUUCGUCAUCCGUGUGGACUCUUGGGUGAUUUGGCUCGCCGACAUUGACACCAGGAACAGUGGUCAUCCGCAGGCUCUCCUCGUGCCUGACUACUUUUCCUAGACAGAGUCUCAGCGCCGAAUAUAAAGUCGGGAGGUCGCUGCGCUUCUCAGAAAACCAUGACUCGAGCAGUUCGCGGCUCACGCGGUUGUCACCUCUAGCGAAAAUUUCUGCUUCGCUAAACUUGAAUGUGUGGUUGGAUCCCGCCGAAUGAGCCGCAGCUUGGGAGCUGGCGUCUCUCCACCUCACUGCUGCUGCGUGCUCGACCAUCCGUGUCCGCAGUAGUCUUCCGGUUUCUCCAACGUAGUUGCUUUGCCCACAACUACACCAGACCUGGUAAACGACUCCAGCUGUUUCUUGCCGAAUAUGAAGCGGGAGGGUCGAGCUGUGACGCACUCGGGAGCUGCCAACUGUGAUAGGCAUGUAGCGGCCUAGCAGCUACAUCCUAUAAAUAUUGUAACACCCGGGCGAUCCACUACCCUUAUCUGACUCUGUCUCUGAUGAUGGAUUCAAGUGAGAAUCUGAAACGUCAGGCUUCUAAAGCACUUGUUCCAACGAUCUUGUCUCCUUCUCCACGACUACUUCCUGGAACUCGCCUCUCCGCUCCCAUUAGCUCAUCUUAACCGGUUGAUUCUGUAGAUAUCCCUUGUGCUUGAUGGCCCUUAAAAUAUCUGGGGAGCGUACUGAUACCGUCGUCCUGCAGUCCAUUAUCACCACCGAGGGAUUUUUCGGGCCCUCGCUGUCCAUGAUCCUACUGCAGUACCUUGACCACCUCCGACAUCUGCUUCUACCGGACAUCCCGCCCCUGCGGCCGUGAAUACAGGGUUUUUUGUUGGUGGAUAAUGUAGACCUUCCCACCCCUCUCUAACCGUCGGGUACCAUCCUUCUACUAAAGCAGGCCGACCGUGCCUUGAAUGUAUGACUGUCCGCACUCGCUGAUCCGUCACCUACAGGACACCUAAGAAAGAGGACUAGAGUAGUUUGGACGCUUUCCUUUACGCCGGACGGCAUUGAGAGCAAUAAAGAGGUGGCCAGCACACAAGCUGACUUGAAAUCGUCAGUCCAUGGAUGUUUAGAAAUGGUUCUUGAACCUAUGGAUGGCGGAUUGGGUCAAAAUUCCAGAUCGACUGCCUUAGAUCAUCAAGUUUGGAGAGGCCCUGUCCGCAGGGUCGCGGAUCACAAGUGAUCAUGACCACACUAAGCACAAGUGUUCUUCUUGCCCCACUAGGACUGCUUGAAUAGACCCACUUGUCCGUUGAGCGUUCUGGCAUUGUGCGUGAGAUUUCGUGGCGGAAAAGUCAACAGAGCGUUUUCACGCCUCCACCGCUGCGAGAGUCCUGGUUCGUAACGAUCUUUCCCAACUGUUCGGUAUUCGGUCUGGCGUUCGACAGGGUUGUAUCCCGCCACCCAUUCUGUUCAACUACGCUAUUAACUGGAUUCUCAGAAGGGCCCUACAAGAGGGCGACGGCGUUGAGUUUGCACCUGGACACCGACAGACUGAUCUCGACUAUGCCGAUGAUAUCGCCUUACGUGCUUCAAGUUUUGGUGAUCUGCAGUCGAUGGUGUCACGGGUGAACGAGGUCGCCAAAUCGGUCGGUUUAUCGAUAAAUGCUGGGAAGACCAAAGUGUUUUGAAGCUGCAUCCCCGACCAGGAGAAGGCACCCCUCGGGAUUGAUGGCUGUCAACUUGAAGACGUAGGCAGUUUUAAAUACCUCGGGGCGAGGCUGCUGUCUAAUGGACAGAGUAAGAACGACAUUGUCUCCGGAAUCGAUGCUGCCCGCUGGGUUUUCUUAAGCCUUUGGAAAUGCCUAUGGAUCCGACGUGACUUCCCCAUCACCACUAAGAUUCGCGUGUACCGUGCAUCUGUCCGGUCUGUCCUUCUCUACGGUUGUGAAUGCUAGGCUUUGCGUGGAGGACGAGCGAAAACUGGAGGUAUUUGGCCACCACUGCUUGAGGACUAUCCUUCGAGCGAAGUUCACCGACUUCGUCUAAAAUGAGACGGUCCGCGCUCGCUGUGACAUAAUCGCAAGAAUAACUCAGGCCAUCCAAGAAAGACGACUGAGGUGGUUCGAGCAUGUUCGUCGUCCAUCUCAGGGGUUCAGUGUUACUUCCCUUGAUCCGGCACCGUUGCCCCAUUGGAGGCGUCGAAGAGGGAGUCAACUCGAAACCUGGCUCGACACAGUUUGUUAAGACAUGGAGGCGGUUUUUGGAAUUUCGGUAUUCGGUCUACGUCGUUGGCAAAGAGAGUGGGUUGAGCUGUCCAGAUCUGCUGCCGCGGAUCGUCAUGCGUGGAGACGUACAGUUCAUGACGUCAUCGAGGCCGGCCAGAUCAGGCAUGAUCGCAGCCAUAUGAAGUACAAGUACGCCUCCUUUCCGCACUUUUUCAUUAGCCGCCCUACAUGACAACCAUGACCUCAACGUGGCUGGCUUUUCGACACUGAACCACACUGCUCGAUCGUUUUAAAAACGACAGUCCCCUACCCUCCCCCUUCCUGUGUUCUUAUUGGUCAUCUUGUCUCCUGCUGCAGGUCCUCGAGGUCUGCAGGCACCUGUUGGCGCUGUAUGACCUGUGGCAGCGUUUUGACCCAGACGUGGAGAUGCCGAAUAUUUUGUUGAAGAAACUGCCACGGCCCGUUGUCCAGCCGUCGCAGCCGCCGCAGUCGCAGCCUCAACAGCAGCAACAGCAGCCGCCGCCGCCGUCAAACCAACCGACCCAGUUUCAGUCGCGCCAGCACUCCGUCCAGUCCCAGCCCACCGCUCAGUCUGGCGGUGCUGCGGUCUCCCACUCGCCCAAUGGCACGGCAAUGGACCAACAGCAGCAACUCCGACAGCUGAACCCCGCAGCCGGUGGCGGCGGCGGUGGUGGUGGUGGUGGUCAUAUGCAGGGUCGGAUGGGCCAACCGCCAUACCCGUUUAUUGCCUCGGCGGAUCUCUUAUAG